AUAACAUUGGGGAUGAUGUAACAGUACAGUUUUUUUUACCAGAAAUGUUGUACUUAAUAGUAAGGAUCAUUGGAUUAUGUUCAAUUGUUAGUAUGGUACAUUGUGACAAUGUUGCUGUUAAGCCAAGUGAUAUAACUGUUAACAUUGGGGAUGAUGUGACUCUGCCAUGCAAACUUGCUGAGGGAGUUAUGCAUGAGUAUGUCUCUUGGUAUGAAUACAUUACAAAGGAAAAUGGAUUUCAAAUAUUCAAAUCUAAUCGCCCAGAUGAAGUUAAGAAUCCAAGCAAGUUCGCAGUUGAUACCACUGAUGCGAAAUAUGACUUAAAAAUACAGGAUGUGUCCUUAAAGGAUGCUGGGAAAUAUAGCUGUAAAACGUUUCAGGACAGACAACGAUACCCAGCUUAUGUGACUGUUUAUGAACCACCUUCCUGUGACCAUAACAGUGGUAAUAAUAUUAUUGAAGGGCAAAGCAAAACAUUGACAUGUGAUAUGAAGUAUUCCGGUUAUGCUAAACCAAUAUUAAAAUGGUUGCGAAAUGGCAAAGAAAUUGAGGUAAAAACCAGUGUCAAGGAACAUUUUGCAAGUGCGAAUGCCACAUUUGUUGUUUCCCAUGCUGAUAAUGGUGCAACGUUUACGUGCAAUGUAAACAGUGCUGACCAACCUGAUUUUGUUGGAGAUCAAUGUACAAUAACACUUAAAUGGGAAAGUGUCACUCAUAAACAGCAGCCUGACAUAAAACAUGGAUCUAGCCACUCUUCAGCAGAUAUUGUUGUCAGAAGUGAAAUCCUUAUUCUAAUUUCUGAACUGGCUUCAAUCUAUGGCUUAAGACUAUAUUGGAAUAUUACCAAGUCUACUUUUUCAUAGUGCAUUUUUGUAGUACUAUUGGACUCUUAGUAAUAAAAAUGAUUUUUUUUGUUUUUUAUUCAUUUUUUUACUCCCUCAGUAAGAAUGACAAUAUACAACAGUAUAUAAAG